AUGGACAGAUACCACAAGGUUGAAAAGCCGAAACCGGAAUUGCCGAUUAACGAGAAUGAGAUCCGAAUCACUUCUCAGGGUUUGGUCCGUAAUUACAUCAGCUAUGCUACUAGUCUUCUUCAGGAGGGAGAUGGGAAGGAGAUUGUCUUGAAAGCAAUGGGUCAGGCGAUAAGCAAGACAGUGGCUAUUGCAGAGAUCAUCAGGAGAAGAAUCCCUAGAUUGCAUCAAGACAUUGCCAUCAGUUCGAUGAGAAUAACUGAUACAUUUGAACCCAUUGAAGAGGGCCUUCAGACAGUGGAGCAGACUCGUCAUGUGUCAUUGAUUUCCAUCACCUUGUCAGCUAAGGAGCUCAACAAGAAUUCUCCUGGGUACCAAGCUCCAUCUUCUGUGGACCAAGCUCAACAAAAAUAUAACUAUCAUCCACAGCAUCUGCGACCAUCACCUAGACAAGUGCGUGCAGUAUACAAUGCUGGUAACGAAGAUUCAUAUGGGAGAGGAAGAGCUCGUGGCAGAGGUAGGGGACGGGGUUGGAGCAGAGGUGGAUAUGCAAGCUAUCAAGAAAAUGGUGGAUAUUCAAACUCGGGCCGAGGUGGCAGGCGUGGUGGUGGUAAUUGGGGUUACCGUGGCACUGGAUAUGGAAGAGGCAGAGGUGGAGGUGGCAGAGGCUAUGGCCGUGGUCGGGGAAGUGGAAGGAUGGGCAACAACUAUGCAAGGGGUGAUGGCAACCAGACAGUUUCAGAAUAG